CCCCGACCCCGGGGGGGGCUCCUCACAGCUCCCGCUCUGCUCCCAGAGAAGAAGAAGUCCAAGAAGCGCCAUUACGAUGACGACGAAGACGAUGAGGACGAAGGUGCCGGGAAGGAGCCGCAGGAGGCGGUGCCGUCGGCGGCGGGGAAGCAGGUGGAGGAGAGCGGCACCAAGGUGGACGAGUACGGCGCCAAGGACUACCGGCUACCGGGGUUUGAUGCGGGCGCAGCCGCGACGGGAGCCCCGGCGCUGCGCGGGGGUUGCUCCAGCCCCUGCAGCCUCCAGGCGGGGUCGCGGAUGUGCUGCGGGCCGGGCUGUAGGACGGGGACGGCUGCUCCUGAUGGCCAUAUAUUUUUGGAAGCCUUUUCUCCGGUUUACAAAUAUGCACAGGACUUUCUGGUUGCCAUUGCUGAGCCUGUGUGCAGACCCACCCAUAUUCACGAGUACAAGCUGACUGCUUACUCCCUGUACGCUGCUGUGAGUGUGGGCUUACAGACAAGUGACAUCACCGAGUAUUUGCAGAAACUCAGCAAGACUGGUGUCCCAGAUGGGAUAAUUCAGUUUAUCAAGCUAUGCACCGUCAGCUAUGGGAAGGUGAAGCUGGUUCUGAAACAUAACAGGUAUUUUGUGGAAAGUACCCAUCCUGAUGUCAUCCAGCAGCUUCUGCAGGACCAUGUAAUUAAAGAAUGUCGCCUGAGAAAUGCUGAAGGUGAAGAGACAGAGCUCAUUACAGAGACAUUCACAAGUAAAUCAGCGAUUUCCAAAUCCAGUGAGGGUGGACUUGGUCCAUCAACUUCACAAGGAACAGAUGCUCAGAAUAAGCCAGAUGUCCCAGCUGACUUAUUUGAGUUUUAUGAACAGAUGGACAAAGAUGAGGAGGAGGAGGAGGAGACGCAGACAGUGUCUUUUGAAGUCAAGCAGGAGAUGAUUGAAGAACUUCAGAAGCGUUGUAUCCAUUUGGAGUACCCUUUGCUGGCAGAAUAUGAUUUCAGAAAUGAUUCUGUGAAUCCUGAUAUCAACAUAGAUCUGAAACCUACUGCAGUCCUCAGGCCCUAUCAAGAGAAAAGCCUGAGGAAGAUGUUUGGGAAUGGACGAGCCAGGUCUGGUGUUAUUGUCUUGCCAUGUGGUGCUGGCAAGUCUCUGGUGGGAGUGACAGCCGCGUGCACUGUGCGCAAGCGGUGCCUGGUGCUCGGGAAUUCCGCCGUGUCUGUGGAGCAGUGGAAGGCCCAGUUCAAGAUGUGGUCCACCAUCGACGACAGCCAGAUCUGUCGCUUCACGUCUGAUGCCAAAGACAAGCCCAUUGGCUGUUCUGUUGCCAUCAGCACGUAUUCCAUGUUGGGGCACACCACAAAACGGUCUUGGGAAGCAGAAAGAGUAAUGGAGUGGCUUAAAAGUCAGGAGUGGGGCCUUAUGAUACUGGAUGAAGUCCACACCAUCCCUGCAAAAAUGUUCAGACGUGUGCUCACUAUUGUACAAGCUCACUGUAAACUGGGGCUGACUGCUACCCUGGUCAGAGAAGAUGAUAAAAUUGUUGACCUGAACUUCCUGAUCGGACCAAAGCUCUAUGAAGCCAACUGGAUGGAGCUGCAGAACAGUGGCUACAUUGCUAAAGUCCAGUGUGCUGAGGUCUGGUGCCCGAUGUCACCUGAAUUUUACAGAGAAUACGUAGCUAUUAAAACAAAGAAAAGGAUACUGCUCUACACCAUGAACCCAAAUAAAUUCAGAGCCUGUCAGUUCCUGAUUAAGUUUCAUGAGCGACGGAAUGAUAAAAUCAUCGUCUUUGCUGACAACGUGUUUGCACUGAAGGAAUAUGCAGUCAGACUUGGGAAACCCUAUAUCUAUGGUCCUACUGCACAAGGAGAAAGAAUGCAAAUUCUACAAAACUUCAAGCACAAUCCAAAAAUCAACACUAUUUUCAUUUCCAAGGUAGGGGACACGUCCUUCGAUCUGCCAGAAGCCAAUGUUCUCAUUCAGAUUUCAUCCCAUGGUGGGUCACGAAGGCAGGAGGCUCAAAGGCUGGGACGAGUGCUGAGAGCCAAAAAAGGCAUGGUUGCAGAGGAAUACAAUGCCUUUUUUUAUUCCCUUGUAUCCCAAGACACUCAGGAAAUGGCAUAUUCAACAAAACGGCAACGGUUUCUUGUAGAUCAAGGUUAUAGCUUCAAGGUGAUCACAAAGCUGGCAGGUAUGGAAGAAGAAGAGCUUUCAUUUUCAACCAAAGAAGAACAGCAGCAGCUUCUCCAGAAAGUCCUGCAAGCAUCUGACCUGGAUGCUGAGGAGGAAGUAGUUGCUGGAGAAUAUGGUUCAAAGUCAGCUCAGGUGUCCCGUCGUGCAGGCACCAUGAGCUCCAUGUCUGGAGCAGAUGACACCGUUUACAUGGAAUACCACUCCUCACGGAGCAAGGCAUCUGCAAACAAACACAUCCACCCCCUGUUCAAACGCUUCCGGAAGUGACAUCCUUCACAUGGGCGUCCUGUUCAAACUGUGCAUCCAGUACUUGUUCCUGGAGUUGAAAUUUAUGACAGGACCUUUAAAAGACUCUUUUAUA